ACGGCACGGACAGCAUAUAAAGACCUGCAGAUGGCUCGCUCCCCUUAGAGCACCAUCUCCAGCUGGAAGUAAAAGGUUGAAACCUUCUUGGGCAAGCUAGCCGUAACUCAAUCAGGAUUGUGAAACCGUCUUGCUUGUACAUUGCUGACAUCGAGUAGCUGCAAAGUGGCCAACUUUACUUGUUGAGUACGUUUGCUAGGGCAGUUCAAAGUCAGUUUCAUCACACUUCCGCCGGUCUCACUCGGUACAGUUGUAAGGGGGGAGAGAGUAAAGUGUGUGUGCCUCAAUUGAAACAUACACAGGCUUAGAAUACAAUGGUCAUCAUGAUGGCGCUGUUUGAAGGACCCCUACUGUCAUGGCACUUCGUCCCGCUUUGCCUCCUAUGCACAAUCCUGGUCGGAAGUCAAGCGACGCGCACAGUACCAGAGCGAUGCUGUCGCCGUGCGUCCAAUGUCAUUUCCCUGGGAUUCGAUGUUACGGGGAAAACCGAAGUCACACGGGACGUAGGCAAGUGCGUUCGGAACUGCGCAGGAUUGCGAGGACUCAACCACAACAAGGGCUGCGACAAGCCAAACAAAUGCUACCCGAACAGGCUGAUCCAGGAGACGGUCUUCCUGGAGAAUGGAACAGUGGACGUUUCCAUCAUUGAUAGCUGCCUGUGCCAAAGCGUGCAGGACACGCCGUGCUCCGUGCAUCGCCAGGAAGUGCUCUACUAUGCAGGCACGUCUUUCCAGAGGUCCAUCAACCGAGGUGUAUGUCUUGGACAAGAUUGCUCCGGGAACAGUGGCAAAUGCCAGGCGUCCGCCUUCAAGACCGUCUCCAUUCGCGGUCCAAACGGCAAGCGCUGCGUGAGCGUGACGGACAACUGCAGCUGCGCGCAGAGCGGCUGCGUUCGCCAGCGCCACAAGGUAGCGGUGCUGGCGUCCGUAAAGCGUCGCGACUCUGUGACGGGUGUGAUGCACCUGAGCAACACCACCAAGCUUAUCGACUUGGGAGUUUGUGGUGGACAGUGCCCUGUGCGAACCGGUCGGAGAUGCUUCGGCGGGCCGACGAGAUGUCUGUACUAUCAGACGAAUCCCAGAGCUUGCUAUCCAUCCCGAACAGAUUCAGUCACCUACACGGACGCCAGCACGGGGAAGCUGACUCACUUAGCGCGAGUCGUCGAGUGCGCAUGCGGCACUGCACCGCCCAGUCUGCUGACGGACUUCAGAGCGAAGCUACUGGAGAACUCGCAACCUCCAACCCUUCCCUGAAUCGAUGCAAUUGCCCGGUUUAACGUUACCCAUCAACAUGAUUGAAAUAUUUUGUUCAUAAUCCGAUAUUUUCAACCCAAUUGUGACCUCGAAUUGCUGGCAGACACGUCUAGUCUAAGUAGCACUAUUCACAUACGUCAGGAGUGUGCAUCAGAGUUCUAACGCUCAUGUGAAGACUUAUCUGGUCAGGUACAGACACUGGGCUCGCUACUGAGUGCACCAGCUCUAUUUCAUCACUCCAUUCCACAACGGACUGCCAGGUGAACCCUCCAAGAUCUCUUGCGACUUCGGCGUGGAAGCUGACUGGCGUGCGAAGGUCUGCAAAGUAGUCAUCCUGCAUCAUCGUCGUGAUUUCACCGUUCGGCCUUGGCUCCUGCCUGGGCAAUUCGGAUUCGCAAUUCGGAUGUGCUCAGUUCGAACUUGAUUGUGUUCUUGAUUGAGAUAUUUUAAAAGUAAAUAGCCUCCAAUCCACCAUUCACCAAGAUUGCUCAUUUCAAUAUUGCAAAUAUAAGUAUAUGAUCACGG